CGGGAGCGCCAGCCAGAACAGCAACUACAACAACAACCAACAACCACAACGACCACUAAGAACGAUAAAACAAACACAGAAACAAACAGGAGAAGCAACAACAACGCGAGCCAAGAGAACACACACACCAAGCACACCACUGCUAAAUCUGAAAAGCAAAAACAAGGUGGGUGGUGCGCGAGAAAGAGCCGGUAAGGGGGCGGUGGGUCGGGGCUGCCUGUCUCGCUCGCACUCGCACGACAUUGACUUUGAAACACAUUUGACAGCCCCAGGCAGAAGAAGAAGAACAACAACUCGUGAUCGUGAUCACGACAAAACAAACCCGAAGCAGCAACACCGAGAUAACCAACAUGCAGACCAAAACUAUAAACAACAGCAAUUUGUUCAGUUCUCAUCAGAAGUGAUAAAUUUGAUUAUAAAAAAAAUAUACUUAAUUUAAUCUAAAUUCGAAAUCUAUUUAAAAAUUACUGGCACUUAAAGUACUAUUUGACUAUAUUACACAACAUAUGAUUUGCAGAAUAAUAUAAUCAAAAAAGCUAUGAGAUAGCUAUUUUCCCGCUCACUGCGCGCCAUCUCCGAUUGCCCAAUCAUGUGCUCCCGCCAGCAGUUACAUAAGAGACCUAGGCAAAAAUGGCUCUACCCGAUGGACUUUCCAACAAAAUGAAGGUUUUCCAGGCCGUUAACGAGCUGCCCGUUUUUCUGAAAGGCGGACCUGCGGAUAAGAUUUUAUUUGGCAUUACGGCUGGACUGUGUGGCCUUGGCAUUGUUAGCUUUGUCCACCUGGUCUACACAAUGGGAUUCGCCAAAAAGAAGGCCUAAGUUAUGUGUUUAAAUACUUUUUCGAUUAAAGAGAAACUAAUGUAAUU